AUGCACCACGGCAUCUCUAUCAUGAUCCCAACCCAAAACAGUAAAGCCGACUCCUCUCCCUCAUCCGAAUACCAGCUCACCAGCCCGCAACUCCUCCAGACCAUCAACCUGGCCGCAGAUUCCAAACACCUACCCACCACACCCGCACCACCACAUGUUCUACCCUCCGCCCUCCCCAUCCUCAUCCUCCUCACCUGUCUCCCCUCCUUCCUCCUCGCAGCCCACUACAUCCGCAAAGACUACCACGCCUUCCUCGCCCUCGGCCCCGGCGGCACCCCGUCCACCCCAACCGGCUACGCGCGCAUCACCGUCCUCCGCCUGCUAACCAUCCCCGACCCGCUCGCACCGCCCUCCCUCCCACCAACCCUGCACCCAAAACACGGCUUCCUCCCUCACACCCUCGCACCACGACACGGGCCGCGCCCCCACGUCGCAGGCAUCGCCCCGCACAGACAGACAGACCAGAAAGCCAGCGCCGCCAACUACGCCGCGCUCACACGCGCCAUCCACGGUCUCGCCGCGCAGCACCCGCACACGCUGAGCACGGGGACCUCCUGCUUCGAGAAACACAGCACGGGGAUCUUCUGCGCGGCUGCGGUCGCCGCGACGAAGAGCCCCGCCAUUGCGUCGCGCGUGCUCUCACCCGCCCAGGCCCGCCGCCUCACCUGCCACGGCGAAGUGUGCCACUCGCACUCCAGUGACGGGAGUCUGCAUCUGGCGCUGCACCCGGCGGAUGUGAGGGCGGUGUUGGAGAAGGGGUAG